UUAAAGAGCUAACACAUGAAAGAGAGAGAGUUCAGAUGACUGUGUAUAUGUGCAGUAUGUAUUUGAAUGGCAAGGUUUGAAGUUAUAUAACCCCAUCAUGGAGACUCGCUGCGUUUUAGGCUGGUUUCUCCUCUGUCUACUUUCAGCCAGUGAAUGCAUUGACCGAAAAGUCAUCGGUAUUGAGGGCCAGAAUGUCACUCUGCCAUGUAAAUAUAACCCCAAAAAGCAUGGUGUAUCAGCCAUAUGCUGGGGGAGAGGACCCAUACCGAACUCUGGUUGUUACAAGGAAAUCAUCUCAACUGAUGGCACUGAAGUGACAAAGAGAUCUUUGGUUAGAUAUCAAUUAUUAGGUGAGCUGAAGACAGGGGAUGUCUCUCUAACCAUCUUCAAUGUCACUGAAAAAGACUCUGGGCAAUAUGGCUGUCGUGUGCAUGUUUACGGAUUGUGGAAUGAUGAGAAAUAUCAUGUCAGCCUGACCAUUGAGAAAGCCCCUGUCCCGACAACAUCCCAGGCACCUGCUAAUGUGACCAUAACUCGACAGACCAUGGACAACCACACACACGAGUAUUCAGACACAUCCACGCCAACAUACAGCAAAUCAGAAUCGGAGCAGAUGAGAGGCAAUAAUCUGCCUGUGAUCCUGGUGUCCAUUCUACUGGUUCUGACAGGCGUGGUGAUUGUGUCUGUACUUGUUGUCUUGAGAAAGCGAUGGAAAACAAUUGCUACGGUAGUCCAAAUACAACAGCACUCUGGCAGCUCAGUCCUGUACAGGAACUCAGAGUCCAGCUUGGGAGUGCAUACUCGAGAGAUGGCGGUAGAGAACGUCUAUCAAAUAGAUGACAACGAGAGAGACGACUAUGAGGAAUGCCCUUGACAAAGCAUGGACACAUUACCACAGUCAUGCUGUUAACACAGUCUAGUGCAUAGCGCAGUAGCUCUGUGUUACGAAGCUGAGGCUGACUUAUAGGCUAAUGAUUCAACCGGACAAGACAAGCUACUACAAAAUCGGAUGUUUUUUGGUGAUAAAUGAGUAAAACUUUACUUGAUUUGUAUUUUUGAAAGGUUUGUUUGAAGGGAAAGGCUCACUAAUAUGGCUAUCUAUGUGUAUUCAGCACUAAGAGUGUAGUUUGGAAUUAAGAUGACUGUAUUAUUUUGAUGCAACAAAAAGUACAAAAAAAUGCCAUCAGCUUUAAAAGCAAUGACUUUGCAGAAAGUGUGAUAUCGCAUUUCCUUUAACCAUGACAUUUAGCUUCACCCAUCUGCAACAGGACCCAGGCAAUCAAAGGCAGCCAAGUGAAAGGUCAAACAUAACCACAGCAUUCUUCGUAAAUUGUCACCACCAAACUUUGUGGUAUACUGUCUUGUUCAAACCCAACCUGUUGCAAGAUAUGAAUAAAAACUCUAACUUGAAACUCAAA